AUGUCUCAAUCCAUAUGUCAGUUCAUCUUCUUCCGCGUCAAGCCUUCUGUCAGACCCGAGGAUCCGUCCAGCGAGGAAGGCGAGGCUCUACUGAACGUCUUCCGCACGACCAAACACCAAAGUGGCCACCAGGACUCCGCCUGGGGUCGUACAUCCGAAGACCAGGACCUGAUCGUCUGGGUAAUGGGUGAGUCGUGCCCCUACUGUACAGCUCACCAAGUCGCCUGGUUCCCCCGUGCACGAGCACCAAAGUAUCUGGUGAGACGAGAGCUAACGAAUCAAACGGACUGGAGCGAUGCACGCAGUUCAACUGACCAGAACAUGCUCGAUCCAUUUCUCGCCGAAGACAACGCGCAGCAGCCAACCUCGGUCUACGUCACGCUCAGUCCACCCAUCUCCGCGACAGCAACCCUCACCCAAAACCCAGUGACGGAGCUGUGCGCGCUUCCCUAUGCGAGCACGCUUUCCGUGCUCGAAGCAAAGCAGAUAAAUGCGAAUCUCAUUAGCUUCCGCACUGCUCUGAUGGAGCAAGUGCCGCAGAUGGCGGGCCCGCGGUCAUGGGCGAUGGGACAGUUGGACCGGCCUUGUAAGUUGGACCAUGCGCUCAGCCCGAGUGGCAAGGCCACGGUGCAUUUCAUGGCUGUUGGUUGGGAUAGCGUGGAUGCGCACCUGAAGGCUAAAGAGACCGAGAAAUUUGUCGAGGGGAUUGGACCCCUCCGGGAGAAGAUGUUGGCACCUAUUCCAGGGCUGGAGAUGAAACAUGUCAGUUUUCAGAAGAUUUAG